AUGUCCUCUCAAAAUCUCUUAACGUUUAGGUUGGGAUUACGAACAAAGUGAGUAUUAGGUUAUAAAGAUUGGGAAAAUAUUGGGAAGGUACAUCCAUAGGCCAUAUAAAAGCAUACUUGGCAUUAUAAAACUUUCGUAUGUACAUGUUUCUUGUAAACUUUUUCUAUAGGCCUUAUUCUUGGAGUGUCUGUCCGGCGGGAUACUUUCUCAAUGGCCUCUAUCGUACUGCGGGACAAAACUUGCAUAACAUAGAAGUAGGAAAAUGUUGUAAACCUGUGAAUCAUCCUGAACGUUAUGAACAAUGUUAUGAUGAAAAUAUUAAAUACAAGUUUGAUAAGGAAGGAUGGUCAACUUGUAGUAAGGCUGGUUUCUAUGUUGUUGGAGUAUAUCGUGCAUUUGACUGGCUCCACAAUAUCGACAAACUCAAGUGUUGUAACAUGUCCACUGCAGGUAAGAAUCUAUCAAUGUUAAAACAUAGGCAGCCCAGCAAAAUGUGUAAAAAUAUAUUAAACGCUUAAAAAUACGUAUAAAGUUCGUCUCAAUUUGCUAUCAAGCGAUUUUUUGCGAAUGUAGCUCAUUAUACAUGCAGAUUCCGAUGUUUACAUCAUUGUCUUUUCACAUAGCAUAUUAUCCUAAUGCGGGCAACUAUUUUACAAAAACAUUUACACACACUAAUACGUUUGCUUCAUACAACAACAAAACCGCUACUUUCUGAAAAAAAACUAGAUACAAAACACCUUGGAUAUUUUUUAGAGUUGAAAAAAGUUUAGAAGUAUUUAUAUUUCAUGGAUAACAAGUGAGUUUUUAUCGAAAUUAUUUUGUCGAUAGGCGAUAAAAAUAAUUUCGAUAAAAACUCACUUGUUUUCCAUAAAAUUUAAAUACUUCUAAACUUUUUUCAACUCUAAAAAGUUUGAAUAAAGUUAGAAAAAAUAUCCAAGGUGUUUCGUAUCUAGUUUUUUUCAGAAAGUAGCGAUUUUUGUAGUAAUUAAAUGAAAAUGUGCGUUUGUCAUAUUUGUACAUGUUGUGAUUAAUGAUUUCUGUUUAACUCAACAGAACCCAAUAUUUUAAACUUGUUGUGUAUAUUUCAUAGUAUAUUUCAUCAUUUUUCGAAGAAAAGCUAUCAAAUUUAGCGUUUUCUAUAAUUCACUGCCAGAAAUUUAAUUUUCUUUUGUUUGGGUUAUAUCAAGUGAAUUUGUAAUUUUUGGAUUACAUUUCGUUUACAUUCGAGCUAGGAUGGACGUAUAUAUAACGUUUUUCUGAAUUAAUACUAAUUGAUCAGCACAACCACAAACGUUUUUGUGUGCAACACGUGUACGUCACUGAUCGUGAUUUUUAACAAGCUAUAGACUAUACUGCAUGGCUGUAGUCUUCAGAUGAUAAAACCUCUUGUUUUUAAAAUAUGUUGCAAAUUUUAAGAUCAUGCAGAGCGAGCUUCCCAUCAUUUUGAAUCCUGAUCUAUCGCGCAUCCUCAACAUUGUGUGAAAGGAGCUCGUACGAUUUAAUGAAGGACAGUUAUAUCGAUGUAAAUGCAAUAUUAGUUUUGAAGGGAGAAAUUGCGGGGGUGAUUAUAACCAAAACCUCAUUUGUAGGAGAGGCCUCAUUCUCGUGUAAUAUCAUAUCACAACGUUUUACUUCCACUGCUUUUAGCUGUAAUUGUAGUUGUGCACUUCCGAUCUUCAAACCCCUUCUACAAUUAGUUAUUGAAAUAGACGUAAUGAUAUAAGAAUAUUUGCGUACAUCCACAUAAUAUUUCUUGGGAACAUCUUCCUGCACGCCAUACACUAUAAUACAAAUUCUUAACACCAUUUAUGGUGUUAUUUUAACACCAAGGAUUUAACACCAGAAACCGGUGUUAUUUUAACACCUUCUGUCCUUAAGUAGGUGUUAUUUCAACACCUCUAAAGUUGUGUUAAACAAUGUGAGUGUUAAAUUGACACUUUGCAAAUAUUGUUAUUUACGUCGUGUUAAAUUAGCACCGCGGAAAAGGGUGCUAAGAUAACACCUUUGUUUAACACCACCAUUUGGUGUUAAUCUAACUCCACCGAGGGGCUAUUUUAACACCCUGAAAUUAACAAUGUAUGUGCACUUCCGAUCUUCAAACCCCUUCUACAAUUAGUUAUAGAAAUAGACGAAAUGAUAUAUGAAUAUUCGCGUAGUUCCACAUAAUAUUUCUUGGGAACAUAUCUUCCUGCAUGCCAUACGAAUGAUAAAAAGACUGAAAUGAAUUUAAUCACUGAAAAGUACUAUUAAUUAAAUUAAACGUUUAUUACAACAAAUGUUGUGCAGUUUAUCACUGCAUAUUAGGUUCCAUAUUUAGUCACUGCAACUAUUGUCUAUCACUGCACAUUAAAGAUAGAUUUGCUUGAGGGACGAAAUAACCGUAAUUAUAAUAUAAGCGGCAUAUGACAGACAUUUUGAUUGGCUGAAUGCGCGUGCAUUGUGACGCAAUAAGGCACUGCGGUCCCUAGCACUGCUUUGCUUUUUCUGUAUUUUCGCCCCCCUCUUCAUCUCGGCAUUUUAGCGACAUUUUUCUCGGCAAUUUAUAAUUAGCGACUUUUUCUCGGUAAUUUAUAACUAGCGGCAUUUUUCUCGGCAAUUUAUCAGAAAACAGGAAGGAAUGGACCAAAGGAACAAAGCAAUUUUAUCUAUAAUUCUUCAUGUAAACAGUAAAAACAGUAAAAUUAACCGGCUUGGCAUUCGUCCAAUUUGUUUUUCUCUCUACAAUUUUUGGGCAAAAGGGCGCAAAAUAGCCGUGAAAAACCUUGAAAAAACCCAGGAGUAACAAAACCAUAGUGAAAGGCAACAAAUACUGAACAUAAGUGAUUUGGAAAGUACCUUCAAUGCUUUUGAUAAAAACGUGUAGACUGUAGAUAUCUUUUCGUCGAAAUGCAAAAAAUACAAUAAUUUUAAAAAUUAAAACUGACCAACGAUUUAACGUCUUUCAUGGCAAAUCUAGCAGCCCAUGCAGAUGCUGAAAAACAUGAGUAGAUUAGUCUGUGUAUCACUGGGGUUUUCGCCAGAAUUUUAAACAGUUUCUCCGCAACUUUAGCAUGAUAAUGUUAUCAAAAUUUUGUUUUGUUUUGUUUUGUUUUGUUUUAUUUUGUUUUUUUGCUCCUUCGUUCGCUUAAAAAUUCUAGCGACAGUAAAAGCAUGCGCGUGACGUCACUGAGUACAUGUUAGGAGAAUUUCAGAUAGAUCUUUUGGGUAAAAAUGGUUUACUAUGUAAUAUCUUCUACUUAAAUUAUAAAAGAAAUAGAAAAACUCGCGUCUCGUGCGCUUAUGGUGUGAUAAUUCACUCGGGUAAUGUUGGGAGAAUACUCUAGAAGCGUGUAAACAUGCUUCUUACUAAAAACGCUUCUCUGGCAUUCUCCCAACAUUUCCCGCGUGCAUUAUGACACCAUAAAUGCACGGGACUUUUUUUCUAAUUCUUAACAAUGGAAUAUCGAGACUAUAUCAAUUACAUUGUGUAUGCCUGUACCAUUGCAUGCUUUUCGUGGUUAGAGGUUUUCUCAGUUUUGACUUUUUAUUUUGAAACGACAUGUUUAAUUGAAUUAACUUUACAUAUGCGCGUUUUUAGUAACAGUGAAACCAGACUUUUGCCAGAAUUCAGAUUGGUGGGAAUCGUUUGAUAGAGAAGGAUGGUCUACUUGCUUAAACAACAAACUCUUUAUUACCGGAUUUUAUCGAAGCAAAUUCGGGACCUUGAACAAGGAUGAGAUUUCUCGACUGAGAGAAGCAAAAUGUUGUUCUUCUAAUUCUCUUUAUCGAAACCAAAAAAGUGAAUGUAAAAAUGCGAACUGGUGGACCUCUCUUAACAGGUAACGAAAUGCGUAAUUGCAGUGGUUUCUCGAUUCCAUCUUGAUAUUCCAAAAAUGCACCUAACUAUUUUCAGUGGUAUUAUAGGUCAGGUUUAUGCCUGUGAUUUAUUCCUCAAUACCGUUCUAAAACAGCAAGUUCACGACAUUUAUUUUCCUCUGUCGUGGAAAUACUGUGCAGCACACAUGGGAGAAGGGGGUUAUUUUAUCAUAAGAAUUCAAAGUUCGCACUCUUCAUAUGCCGCUUCAUAUGCCGAAAUUCAUAACAACAACACUGCAGCUGUACAGUUUUAGAUUAUUGUAUUCGGUUAACGUUAAGAUAGGUUUAGGAACAAAGUUAUGAUUAUUAUGUUAUAGAGAUAUUAAGGUUCGGGUUAAGUCAAUUAAGCUAAAGAUUGCCCGUAGGAUUCUAAGGAUUUGUGGGUGCAUGAAGUACUAAUAUAUAUGUCGUAUAAAAGCGUAGAUGUGUGUAUUCACUGACGCCGCGCCAUAGAAAAUUCCUUAUACUGCUGAGUGCAUUGUCAAUCUUUCUUGCGUUUCAUGCAUGCUUUUUCUAUCAUUUUCAAUAGGCCAAAUUCUUGGAGUGUUUGUCCGGCGGGAUACUUUCUCAAUGGCCUGUAUCGUACUACAGGACAAAACUUGCAUAACAUAGAAGAAGGAAAAUGUUGUAAACCUGUGAAUCUAAUACACUUGAACGCUUAAAAUUUGAGUCUACGUUACCCUCCACUAAAAUACCAAACCUUUUAAUUUGUAAUCUCCGCUCCCUGACGUCCAAGGUCGACGAACUUGACGCUGUGGUGUCUUUUAACCAAACGGACAUGGUCUGCAUUACAGAGACUUGGUUAUCUCCUGCAAUUCCUGACAAUUUGGUAUCCUUGUCCAAUUUCAAUCUGUUUAGGAACGAUAGACUGGUUUCAAACGGCGGAGGUGUUUGUGCCUACAUAAAUAGCAAUAUCUAUUGUAGACGAAUUGAGGAAUUUGAAAGCUCUUCGAUUGAAUCACUGUGGUUAUCAGUGAGACCAAAGAAGCUACCCCGCUCUGUCUCGGUUAUCUUACUGGCUGUUGUUUACCAUUCAACAGCAUCCCGCCAAACUGAAAAUGUAGAAUUGUAUUCACACAUUCAAACCAAUGUGGACUCAUUUUUAUAUUCCCACCCUGAAGCUUUGGUCCUAAUUACGGGCGACUUCAAUUUUAGAAGCACGGGUCUCGAUGCAAACCAUCUUAAAAGAAUUGCUGGUCUGACGCAGAUAGUCAAGGUAGCUACCAGAGCUGAUGUAACUUUAGACUGGUGUUUAACCAACUCAAAGGUGGAUAAUAUUUACGAAUCAAUCCAACUUCCUCCCAUUGGAACCAGUGAUCAUUAUACGAUUCUUAUGAAAGCCCAACCUCCUCCCUCAAAGCCAGACAAUUCACAUAUAUGGAAACGCGAUCUCAGAGAUAGCAGGAUACGGCCUUUUGGACGAUAUAUCACUACAUUUGACUGGUCUCCUAUCUUGGACAUACAUGACUGGGAUACAAAAUAUGAAAAGUUUAACGAUACAAUGACUGUGAUGAUUGAAAAAUUCUUUCCCUUGGAACGGAUUAAAGUACGAAAGUGUGAUAAGCCUUGGAUGACGUCAUCAAUAAAGUCUGCUAUUGGGAGACGCCAAAAAGCCUUACACGAAAGCGGGAAAAAUUCAGAUAUUUAUAAAUAUUGGCGUAACAGA